AUGGUGGAGAAGGGGAUGGAGAUUGAUCACUACGCUCAGAGGGAUUUGAAGAAGGGCCUGCAGCUUUUUGGGACUGAAGGCAAUGUUGGUUUGACCAACGCCUGGAUGAUCGUACAAACUGAUUUUCGCUGCUGUGGAGUCACCAACCAUACAGACUGGUUUGAGGUUUAUAAUGCCACUCGAGUGCCAGACUCUUGCUGCCUGGAGUACAGUGACAACUGUGGACUGGACAACCCAGGAACUUGGUGGACUGCUCCAUGUUACGAGCGAGUAAAGGACUGGCUAAACGAGAACCUGGUGGCCCUUUGGAUCUUUGCUCUAUGCACAGCUCUCACUCAGAUCCUGGGUCUGGUCUUCUCUAUGACAAUGUUCUGCCAGACAGUGAAAGUAGAGACUUUCUAUGCCUAGUGAUCGACCCGUCUGCCCUUCUGCGUACUCGGAUUGUUUCUCAUCUGAUAGGGACUCCAAACCCCAAACAAUCCCCACCCCCAGCGUCCUCCCUCUUCUUUGAAAAACUUUUUUUUUUUCCCAAGCUUGUCCUCUGUGUGACAUUUGCUCCAGGAUGUCACCAGUUCACAGUAUUCCUGCUAUCAACCAGCUCAGUGUUAUCCCUUAGUCAUGUUUUGCUCUGUGUUAAAAGCUAAUUUUUGUGAUAUAUUUUACUGAAAAGUAUAACAAACCUGUAUAAAACAAUGUAACCCCUUUUUUAAAUAUGUGUAUUGCUUAAAUUAUUUUAAGAUUUGUUUGUGUUUUGAAAAUAGGAGCUCCAGCUGAGAAAGGCGCACUGGGUUUAGUGCUGCAAAUGCAUGUCUCCUGCAAUGAUGUGAAUUAAAUGUUUUGAGUCGACGAAU